GGGACAAAGUUAUAGACUUAACAGGUGAACCCACAUUUCGAACGGAAGGUGGUUCGACCAAAGGUUCAGACUUUUCAUGGAUGACUUAAACGAAGGCAAAGGAAGAAUUUAUUUCUUCUUCUUCUGCGUUAUGAUUGCCAUUGCUUUGGCAGCGGAUGACGUCAUCAAUGCUGCCACUGACAGGAGAGACCGUAACAGUAAAUACAUGCAAGACAGCGCUAUAUGGCAAAGUGUCCCCAACGGAGCAGACAAAAAUACAUCUGUCCCAGAGGCAGAACGUCUAAAAAAGCUACUAAGUAUAUUCACUGUGGUGGUGUUCGCUAACGUGGAAUGCUCGAUUGGGAGGAAGUAUGGAUUCUGCGUGACGCACAGGCAGUGUAGAGACUACGGUGGAACGCGCAUUGGAACCUGCGCGCUGGGAUUCGGAACCUGUUGCUACAAAGCUCUCAGAAGUUGCGGCGGAAGUACCUCCAUGAACAUCACCCACCUGCAAAACCCAGACUUCCCCGCCUCGACCUCCGAAUCUCCUCCCCAGACCUGUGUCUACAACAUCACGAGAUCACCGUCGUCCUGUCAACUUCGGCUCGACUUUUACGACUUUCAGCUGACGCAGCCCGACGCUACGGCAGCAUCCAUUAACCAAGGGAAAUGUCUCAAAGAUAAAUUCACGGUCGUCUCAGGUACCUCGACCACUACGCUAACGUACCUGUGUGGAAGUAUGCCAGCGGAAUGGCACUAUUACCUAGACGUCGAAGACGCAAGUAAUCCAACGCAGCUCCAGAUCUCUCUGGCAUCAGGCAUCUCUUUUCAGAGAAGGUGGAAUAUUAAGGUCACCAUGGUCGACUGUGCUAGGCACAUUCCCAGAGGAUGUGGCCAAUACUUCACGGGAACGUCGGGAACCAUCUACUCCUUCAAUUGGAAAAGUGGCAUGUAUCUCCACGGCAUGAAUUACGCCAUCUGUUUCAGGAGAGAGAAGGACUACUGUGGGUACAACGUGGUUGAUUCAGGACCGUCCUGGAUCGUGUGUCCAGAUAUCCUGAAGAUUCCUUCCACCGAUGCCACUACGUCAGGUUUCUACAGGCACUGCCUCACCACUACUAGUUCCGCCACUAACAGAUAUCCUAGCAGCAUAACCAGCAAAUACAACGCCCCCUGGUUCAUGUACCACUACACUUUGCAAGACAACCCAAAUCGCGCAGCUUCGUCAGGUCAGGGUCCUGGAACCUCGCCUGGAUUUGCGUUCGUAUGGAAGGCUGCACCUUGCUGAAUAAAUGAGUAAUUGACUGAGAAAGAGAAAAAUAUUCUAUGGAAGCUAGAAUCUCCG